AUGAACAGUAUGGGCGUAGUAUUUUAUGAGAAAAAGAAAUAUAAUACGGCACUGGUAUACUUUUCUGCGGCAUUGCCAUUAUUAGAAAAGCAUUAUCCAGCAAACAAUCGACAAACAGCGCACACUCUCAAUAAUAUUGGCCUUGUUUACAUCGAGAAAAAGGACUAUGAUCUUGCACUCGAAUAUUUAGUUAAAGCUUAUCAUAUGAGAGAAGUUCUCCAUGCUCAUCAUCCGGAUACAGCUGCAAGUCUCAAUAACACCGGUAUGGUCCAUCACCACCAACAUCGUUAUUCUGCAGUUAUUGAUUAUUAUACACGUGCUAUGAACCUGUAUGUAAAGACUCUACCAACAAGACAUCCAGAUGUAGUACAGACAGAAGACAACAUCAAACUCGCCGAGUCUCAGUGGAGAAAUGAGGAAGGUGUGAUGGUGCAAAUUUUGGAUGUUGUAGAUGUUAUGGUGGUAAACGGCAAUUUAGACUUUUUAGACUUUUAG